AUGGAUUCGCCGGACCCCAAGCGACAACGCCUAGAGCCUACAUCGUCCUACAAUCUGCGAUGUCGCACCCUGGUGACCAGCAGUAGUAUCGACCCACCAGACGCCAAGCGUCAGAGGCUGGACACGGCUGCGUCCCAGAGCAGCACGUCGACGGUCGGCCCUCCCGCCGUCACCACGGAUUCAAGGAGCGUCACGUUUCAUGUGACGUUUACGGCCGGCCCCACAGAAACGAAUGAGGACCGCCUCUUUGCCGGCGCCCAGAGCCGCUACGGCAGCUUCAUCGCUGGCGUGAAUACCGCCGGCCAGGGGAUAGUAAUUAUGCAGAUUGACGAUGUCGUCCUCGGCAGGCUGGAGAGCAGCCACGCGUUCGGCCACCGCGUGACGUUCGCCAACGUGGAUGCAGCUUCCCUGCCGCCUUUCAUAACUUCUCGUUUCGCUGGGGUGACGGUGGGGCAGUUUAAAGUCUCCUCAGCGACGCGGAUUUCCGUGGAGCCCUCCUCCGCUGUCCCAAUGCUCUACAGCGCCAGGCUUCGGUUCCCCGUUUACGAUGUCGGCAGCGACAGGGCCCGCCCCGAAGACAAGCACGCGUCGGAUGGCAGCGCCCUCCUGCUCAUCCCACACGGCGGGAUGUUCCGGGGCGGGCCGUUCCGCAAGUUUAAGGCGUGGGUCGCGUGCGGCAACGGUGACAGUCCCGACGCCGGACGCGUGGAGCUCGCCAUCAGGGAAUCCGCUCCCGACGACUUCGUCGCUCAGCUACAAGCAGCGGCCGAUAGCAGCACGCCCCUCUACGUGUAUGGUGCCAAGAUCAGCCCCUCCAAUAGCAAAGCUUAUAUGAAUAGCGUCUUCCUCAGCGGCUCGCUUGUAGCAGCAGCGAGUGCCCCCGGCAAACGCCCUCCCAAACGAGUGCACACCUUCCAGGCGGCUGUUCAGCGAACUACCGCAGCCACCGUGCCCGCCGACACGACUGAUAUGGUAUUGGCUUGGGAGCAGCGUAGCCGCAGUGCCCUUGUUUUACCGUCGGAUGGUCCACACGCCUCGGCCACCCUGUCACCCAACCCCACUUCUGUCACUGUAGUCGGCUCACUACCGGUCCUCCCGCUCGUCCUCACAAUCGGCAGCCGCAGUUAUCCGGUGUGCACCGACAGCAUCGCCGUCAUGCAACAGUUGCCAAACUACGACGAGUUCUUCGGCAGCGCCAGCUUCGCAGACGAUAAUGAUCGUAUGGCGUACGCUGCUUACGACUCGUUCACCGUCACCGGUACCAUCACCACCAAGACAGAAGGUCGAACAACGUUCAUCACGGCUCUGCAGGAAUGA